AUGGAUUCGAGGACUCUGGUGCCACUGCUUCUGUUUUGCCUCAUGGUCCUGCAUGAUGCUUCUGAUAUCACUCACGCCAAUGCCAAUGCCCAUGCACUUCCCAUUCGCAAGAUGAUGGUGAUGAAGAAGGAUAAUGAAUGGAAAGGAGCAAAUGGAAAUGGAGAAGAGAAGAAAAAGCUGGUUUUAGGGAUAAAUGAAGAGCUAAGGACUGUUCCUUCAGGACCUGACCCUUUGCACCAUCAUGUGAACCCCCCAAGACAGCCAAGAACCGACUCUCAUCUCCCUUAA